CUUCUAUCUUCUUCAUAGUAGACUCAGUGGUUAGCGGAAACUUGAUGAUAGCAUAGUGGUCAAGCUUGUUUCUCCUCGGGGCGCUCUUCCGAGGAUAUUUGGGCUGUCUCUGGAGUCGCAGUGUCUUGAGCCGCCGGAAGGUAGGUGACGUGUGGGUCUUCUUUUUUUUUGUGGCUGUGGACACCUUUCAACACUGCCUUCUUGGCCUUUAAAGCCUUCGCUUUGGCUUCGGCUUUAGGAGGGACAGGAGCUUCCUUCUUCGCUUUUGGUGCCAUCUUGUGAAAAGGCGAGACUUUCUUGAUUUCUAAGGAAAAAUAUAAGUUUUUGGAGUCUUUUCUCUUUUCAUCAUGUGAGCCUCUUUCAAAGGUUGAGUUACUGGGGUUCUGGACUGAUAUGAUUUAUGCUGCUUAGUAAGUUGGCCUCAUCCCUAUUGCUACAAAUUGCUAUCAGAUAUUUCUGUCACCAUGUGGCUCUGGGAUUAUUUUAUAUGUGGGAAAAUAUUUUGUGUGUAGGGGAUAUACAACACUUUUGUUCUUUGUGCUUUCAUUUAGUUCUGUGAGUUAAUUCAAAAUUCAUGAAUGCAUAUGCUUACACAAAUUAGUGUAAUUUGAUAACUGGAAGUUGUAGUGAUAGACUGUGGAAUAUGCCUCAAUUUGAUUUACAAAGGAGAGUUUUAGUUUCUACAUGGUUUUGUAUUCAUAGAAAGUUGUGGUGCAAUAUGUAGAGUAAGCUGGAAUAUGAUAUGCAGUUACCUAGGUUGGUAAGCAGAAAGCAGAAAUAACAAGUGAAUGUUGAGAGACAACUCACAUCUGAGGAGAGAUUGUUUAAAGUAAUUAAGCCAUAAAAUAUAAUUUGGAAAUGCUCAAUUGGCCUGAAACUGUGUCAAGCAUAUUCAGGUGUUGGCAUUAGGAAUAUGUUCCAGAAUGAGAGUGCCAUACGUUUUAAAGGCCUAGGAAAGCAGUAGAUAAUUUAUAACCUAAAAUCAAAUUUUUUAAAAAAUGUGUUUUUGUUAGAAUGGGCAGUGAGUUUCUUUUAGUAAAUAACAAUGUUGACUAAACAAAUUGUUGUAUAUUCAUAUUAUGGACUACUAGAUAACUAUAUUAUGGGCCACUAGAUAACUAUAAAAAUAAAUGGGAAAGCUCUCUGUGUACUGAUAUGAUCUUUAAGAUAUAACAAAUAUAAAAGCAAUGUGAAGAACAUGGUAUGUUGUAUGCUUACAUUUGUGUAAAGAAGGAGACAGAAUAUUUAUACAAAUCCGUUGCACUAUGUAAAACAUAUCUCCAGAAGGAUACCCAAGAAACGUUAACACUCAUUUCCCCUGUGAAAGCAAUUCUCCUCAUCUAAAGCAGGGAUGAAUGCACCUUUUGAAUUUGGAACUAUAUGAAUAUUUCGCAUAUUUAAAAACAAAUGAAGACUUUAUAAAUUAAAAAAAAAAAAGAAGAAGAAAAGAAAAAUGUUCUUAGCAAACAUUUACAAGCCGUUGGUGCAGUUUCCUGAGAAAACCUCUGAGCGUCGCUGUCGGUCAAAAGAACGAAGAGAAGAUCCAGAGAAGCUUUUGGGAGCCUCUUAGAAGGGAACUUCCUGCACAAACCAACCACGCAGAGGAGGCCAGUGUAGAUUCGGAAACAGAAAACAAAAGCAGGAAAAGUGACCUGAGCCCGGAUUCUGCCAUCCUCGGAAGGCUUAUUCCUCCUAUGGGCAAAGGAGCACAGGGAGCCCGAGGGAGACAGAAGAUGAAGGCGAGCGCAGGGAGGUACGGGCUGGUGUGGUGGCUGCAGGUACUGUUGCCCUUCCUGUUGUCUUUGUUCCCCGGGGCUCUCUCAGACCAGAUCCGCUAUUCAAUUCCAGAGGAGCUGGCCAAAAACUCUGUCGUAGGAAACCUCGCCAAGGAUCUGGGGCUCAGCGUCCGGGACUUGCCUGCCCGGAAGCUGCGGGUUAGCGCAGAGAGGGAAUAUUUCACAGUAAACCCAGAAAGCGGGGACUUACUUGUGGGUGACAAAAUAGACCGAGAGCAGAUAUGCGGGAAGCAGCCUCUGUGUGUUCUGGAUUUCGAUACUGUCGCUGAAAACCCACUAAAUAUUUUCCACAUAGCAGUAAUUGUGCAGGAUAUAAAUGAUAAUACCCCACUAUUCAAACAGAGUAAGAUUCAUUUAAAAAUUGGCGAAUCCACUAAGCCAGGUACAACAUUUCCACUUGACCCAGCCCUGGAUUCAGAUGUUGGUCCUAAUUCACUACAAAGAUACCACCUUAAUGACAACGAGUACUUUGAUCUCGCUGAGAAACAGACUCCAGAUGGACGUAAAUAUCCUGAGCUGAUUCUAAAACAUUCUCUGGACAGAGAAGAGCAUAGUUUCCAUCAACUGGUCCUCACAGCUGUGGAUGGCGGAGACCCACCUCAAAGCGGCACGACCCAAAUCCGAAUCCAAGUCACGGAUGCCAAUGAUAACCCUCCGGUGUUCAGCCAGGAUGUGUACAGGGUCACCCUGAGGGAGGACGUGCCCCCGGGCUUCUUUGUGCUUCAAGUGACGGCCACUGACCGGGAUGAGGGCAUAAACGCGGAAAUCACCUACUCCUUUCAUAAUGUGGACGAACAAGUCAAACGCUUUUUCAACUUAAAUGAAAAAACAGGAGAAAUCACGACAAAGGAUGAUUUGGAUUUUGAGAUUGCAAGUAGUUACACUCUGAGUAUUGAAGCAAAAGAUCCUGGAGAUCUAGCAGCCCACUGCAGUAUCCAAGUUGAAAUUCUUGAUGAGAAUGAUUGUGCACCUGAAGUUAUUGUGACUUCAGUAUUUACUCCCCUACCAGAGGAUUCGCCACCAGGAACAGUCAUCGCCUUGAUAAAAACGAGAGACAGAGACUCUGGAGAAAAUGGAGAAGUUUACUGCCAAGUGUUGGGAAAUGCCAAGUUUAUUUUGAAAUCUUCCUCAAAGAACUAUUACAAACUAAUGACAGACGGCGCCCUGGACCGGGAGGAGAUCCCAGAAUACAAUCUCACCAUCACAGCCACCGACGGGGGCAAGCCGCCUCUCUCCUCCAGCAUAAUUGUCACCCUGCACAUCUCCGACGUCAACGAUAAUGCCCCACUUUUCCAACAGACUUGCUACAUGGUUCACGUGGCAGAGAACAAUCCUCCUGGCGCCUCUAUCGCUCAAAUCAGUGCCUCUGACCCUGACUUGGGCCCCAAUGGCCAAGUUUCCUACUCCAUCGUAGCGAGCGACCUGGAGCCGCGGGAGAUUUUAUCCUACGUGUCCGUGAGCGCGCAGAGCGGGGUGGUGUUCGCGCAGCGCGCCUUCGAUCAUGAGCAGCUGCGCGCCUUCGAACUCACACUGCAGGCCACCGACCAGGGCUCACCUGCGCUCAGCGCCAACGUGAGCCUGCGCGUGUUAGUGGGCGACCUCAAUGACAAUGUGCCACUGGUGUUGUACCCCGCGCUGGGGCCCGAUGGCUCCGCCCUCUUCGAUAUGGUGCCACGCGCAGCAGAGCCCGGCUACCUAGUGACCAAGGUGGUGGCGGUGGACGCAGACUCGGGACACAACGCUUGGCUGUCCUACCACGUGCUGCAGGCCAGCGAGCCCGGGCUCUUCAGCCUGGGGCUGCGCACGGGUGAGGUGCGCACAGCGCGUGCCUUGGGCGAGAGGGACGCGGCCCGCCAGCGCCUGCUGGUCGCUGUGCGUGAUGGAGGACAGCCGCCACUCUCCGCCACCGCCACGCUGCACCUAAUCUUCGCGGAUAGCCUGCAAGAGGUAUUGCCAGACCUUAGCGGCAGCCCUGAGCCCUCUGACCCCCAGACGGAACUGCAGUUUUACCUGGUGGUGGCCUUGGCCUUGAUCUCAGUGCUCUUCCUCUUCGCAGUGAUUCUGGCAAUCUCCCUGCGCCUGCGCCGCUCUUCCAGUUCAGACGCUUGGGGCUGCUUUCAGUCUAGUCAGUGCUCCAAGCCUGGACCUGGGGUUCUCCCCAAUUACAGUGAGGGAACAUUGCCCUUUUCCUACAACCUGUGUGUUGCCUCACAAUCAGCCAAGACAGAGUUUAAUUUUCUGAACGUAACCCCGGAAUUGGUUCCCUCACAAGAUCUCCUCUGUGACAAUGCCUCUUGGGAACAAAAUACAAAUCAUGCAGACGCUGGGGUCCCUUUUGCCUCAGAUACUAUUUUAAAGGUGAGCUUUAAUUAAUUUAUUUUCACUUCUGGUUUUAUUGUUUCACCUAAUUUGGGUAGGAAGUUCCAUUGCAAUUUCUUUGUCUGUGAGUUAGAUUUGGUCAAUGUUGUGCCUUAAUUAUCUUACUCUUAUUUAACUUAAUUUUAAGUGUUUUCUCUCUGAAGUGUGAGAUUUAUUUAGCAAUAAUUGCAAACCUUUAUCACAUGAGAUACUGCACUGUAUUUCUUUUUCUUCCUCGUCUUUGCUUCUCUCUGAAGAUUUGUUACCAUUGGGACUUUAGGCAAUUACUUUCACCUUCAGGCUCUUUGUUAUUCAAAUUUUUGUUUUACUUCCUCUUAGCAUCAUAGUACUUCAGAGUAAAGAGAGUCUUCAUUUUAGUAGUUUUUGGAAAUUGGGAACCAAAGAUGAAAGACUUUUACAUAAUGGCAUGGCUUGUUAAUUGCAGGGCAUGGGUAGGACAUUGUCCCGUUGACUUGAAGACCCACACUGGGUAAGCUAAGUGUCUUGGAAUCACAAGCAUAUUUCUAAAGGAUAGGCAAUGUUUGAGGUCUGAGGUGUCUGCUAUAAAGAGUGCAUUUAACAAAUGUGAGAAAGCAUUCUCUAACAUGCAUUUUAACAAAUUGCUCUUAAGAAAAAUUACACAUUGAGAAAAAUCUUACAACCUAUGUUCACAUCAUUUUCUACCAAAUAUUACUCAAAUCUUUGCUUUUGAAUUUCCUAAUUAUAUAGAAUUUUUAUUUUCUUAGUUUUCUAUGAAAGUGUCAUUAAACAAAAUGACUUUCUGAAAUGUUCAUUUUUUUCAAUCAAGAGGUUUUUCUAUUUCUGUUGUCAUAUAAAGAUGAUAGCACUAAAUAACUGUCUCAACAUAGAAAGGCCACUCAGUACUGCUCAAUAAGUAUCUGGUCAUGCUUUCCUGCAUAGAUGAUGAAAUAAAGCCCCACCCUCCACAGUUGCUAUACUGAUUGUCAUUGGAACUACAAAUAUUUGAACAUGAUAAUAGAAAAACGUAAAAAUGCAUAGUUAACCCUACUCUAACACUGUCUGAGAUAGUGGAGAAACUUUCUGAAAGUCCUCACAAGUAAUAAAGAUCUGUAUUUCUUCUGCAUA